UGCGGUGCGCCAGGCUAGGUUAGCUCAGCACUGCUUCUCCUGCUACAUCCGGGCGCCCUCGUUAGGUUUACAAGCCCUGCGAAGAUGGCGACUUCUGGGAGGAGUGCAUUAUUAUCCUCCACCUCAACUGGACCUAAGAGCACAUUGGAGAACUCCAACCAAGAAGAGGAUGAUGGACAGAACCUAUGGUCCGCCAUCCUGAGUGAAGUGUCUACCCAUUCAAGAUCAAAGCUACCGUCUGGGAGAAAUGUCCUGGUCAUGGGUGAGGUGGGCUCAGGGAAGAGCACCCUGGUUACAAAGCUACAGGGGGUUGAGGAGUACAUGAAAGGGCGUGGCCUGGAAUAUUUCUAUUUCAGUGUCCAUGACGAUGACAUUGAUGACCAAACAAGAUGUAACGUGUGGGUGUUGGACGGAGACCUUUACCAUAAAGGUCUUCAGGGAGUAGCCGUUCCAGUGGACUCUAUUGAAAACACGUUGCUAUUGAUAACGAUUGACAUGUCACGGCCGUGGAACGCCCUGGACUCCCUCCAGAAGUGGGCCGCCGUUGCUAGGGAGCACAUUGACAAACUCCGAGUUGCGCCAGAAAAGCUGCGGGACCUGGAACACAAAAUUGUAAAACAGUUCCAGGAGUACACAGAACCGGGCAGUGGGGAGGACGGCACACCACAGAGAAGGAGUGAAGAAGAAGAGAGUGUGCUGCUGCCAUUAGGAGACAACACACUUACACACAACCUGGGAAUACCAGUGGUGGUUGUCUGCACUAAGUGUGACGCUAUCAGCACACUGGAGAAGGAGUACGACUACAGAGACGAACACCUGGACUUCAUCCAGUCCCACAUCAGACAUUUCUGUCUGCAAUAUGGGGCCUCUCUGCUUUACACAUCAGUGAAGGAGAUGAAGAACUUGGACAUCCUGUACAAAUAUCUUGUCCACAGACUCUACGGUUUUCCCUUCCACUGCCCGGCUCUCGUGGUGGAAAGAGAUGCCAUCUUCAUUCCGUCAGGCUGGGACAAUGAGAAAAAGAUUGCCAUACUUCACGAGAACUUCCAGACAGUAAAAGCAGACGACACUUAUGAGGAAGUAAUAAUCAAACCACCAGUUAGAAAGAUUGUUCAUGAAAAGGAGAUUCAGGCAGAAGAUGACCAAGUUUUUCUCGUAAAGCUGCAGUCGCUGCUUGCCAAACAACCCGCUGUCACAGCAGGGCGGCCAGUGGACACCACCAGCAGGGCACCCACAGGCUCCCCAAGGACGAGUAAUCGCUCUGCAGCGGCCAAUGUAGCAAAUGCCAUGCCUCAGUCAGGUCAGACCAGUGAGGGUGUGCUGGCCAACUUCUUCAACAGUCUACUGACAAAGAAAGCGGGCACAGGGGGGCCCGGGACACCAGGUGGUGGUAACAACACUCCAGGAACUGUACGGAAGUCAGGUUCCAAGCUGGGCCUGACUGACGUCCAGGCAGACCUGGAUCGCAUAUCCAACCGGGAGACGGACUCAGACUUGUCCAAUGCCAACGAGACCCCUGCCACUGACGGCCAGGACACAUGAAGACCAACCAACACACAUCAUCCCCCUGCUUUCCUUUUCUCCCCACUACAGUCACCGUCCACCUCCUCCCUUCUUCCCUCCACCUUCACCCUCCACUUCAUCAUAAAGAUGCUGGGGAAACGAAGGGGUGGACGUGCAGUUAUUCCUCCCCCAUCGUUUUUCACUUUCUUCUCAAGGAGAAAAACUCGCCAUCUCUUCCCCUAUGCCUUCCUUCACCCACACCUCGCACCUGCCCAGUCCCUCUUUUCUUCCCAGCUGUUAUGCCGAGGACAAGUAUUUGUCACUGUUACAUGCAAGACUGUCUGUUACAUGAGAGCAUAGAGGGUAAGGUUGUGGAGAUGUGAAGGUUUUGAUGGGAGAAAGUGAGAGGUGGACUGAGAAAGGUCGACUGCAAGAAUGAAAGUGAGGAUGUUUUAUCCAUCAAUUUAUUGUGAUGGUACAGUUUGUGUUUUUACUGUAGGGAAAGGCUGAAGACGCAUGUGGAAGAAAUUGCACUUAGGUAACAUGGGGAUGAUCGCGCAUGGUUUGAAGCCAGUUACAUGUGGUUGGAUGAAGAGAUUGAGAACAAAAAACGAAAUCCUGAAACAAACAUGCAAACAUUCUUUUUUUUUUUAUUUUUAAAGAUGAAGGGAAAAACAUACCAGUAUUUGUGUGUGCGUGUUUGUGUGUGCGUGUGUGCAUGUGCGUCUAUGUAAAAGUGUGAACAAGAGUGUGAGAAAGUGGCAGGUAGAGGAUGAAUAGGGAAGUUCUUUUGGAGAGGUUUUUUGUCAGUUUGCAUUGCAACUAAAUGGUAAAGAUGUUACCAUGCUCAUACACUUCAAACUUUGCAAACUCUACUACUACAGCAGCUGCAUCUGCUGGACUACACAACCAAAUUUCAUUAAAAUAUACUACAAAGUCAAAUUUGGUAUUCAAGCACUACGGUUAGUCAUUAAACCCUGUUUUGUAAUUGUAAUCUGGUGCUUGUAAUUGGUCGAACAGCACCUGUAGGUACUGCAUCAAUUUCAAACCUGUACAUAACGGACAGUACACUGAUCCGGGGGGGGGGGGUGUUAGUGGGUGGGUGGGGUAGCUGAGCUUUACGUGUACAGGAAAAAGCACUAGUGAUUAAGUUCCAUAGUUAACUGCAGGCAGGGUGGUGGUUAAGAAAGGUGGGGAGGGUCACAUCAAGAAUGUACAGUCAUUGUCUCGCUGAUUGGUCCUGUUAUUUCAGAACUCCGUGUUGGCGUUUGUAUAAUCAGAUCUGUCAAUCAGUUAAAUAAAAGGUGUAUUUAUUCGAAA